AUGGCGACUUUGAUCAAGAACCAAAUUCUGAAGCAUUUGUCAAAGUUUGCGAAAAAUUUGAAUCCGGAGCACUUGAACAUCAGUGCUUUCAGAGGAGAAGGUGAAUUACAUCACUUGGAGCUGAACGAAGAAAUCCUAGCGGAAUUACUUGAGUUACCGUCGUGGCUGCUGAUCAAACGAGCAUUUUGCAAUCGAGUUACCGCACGCAUUCCAUGGGCCAGUCUGAAAUCAGUUCCCAUAAAAUUGCGCUUAUACGACUUGGAGCUUGUCAUUGAGACAACCGAAGAUUUGCGCCCUCUAUCGAAGGUACAUGUUCCUUCGUACAGUUCGGGAGGAUCUUAUGGAUUCGUCGAUAAAACAAUUGACGGAAUGUCCGUCUCUGUGGAAAACGUGAUCGUCACGUUUCGUAGUCAAGCUUUUUUCGCAUCCAUUGAGCUGUCCCAAGUGUAUUUGUACUCGACGACGCCGCAGUUCAAGUUAGCGGAGCUCAAGUGCACACGGCUUAAAGAUACAACGAAGGGAGAGACGCUGAUUUUCAAGGAGCUCAAGUUCGCUUCCAUGAAAAUCCAAGCUUGUUCAACUGUUGACUCGACUUUGCCGCCGUUGAGACUGAUAACAAAUGAUGCACGGUGUAGAAUCACACUGAAAAAGAAGUUGAAUGAUUGCUCCGUUGUUGGUUGCAGACUUGCGAUCGUGGUGGACGCCCUGCUGUACGUGUUCACAGAUUCGCAACUGAAAGCCGCAAAAGUUUUCAUCGAUUCCUUGCUUCACCUAGUUCAAAAAGGACAGGAGCAAGCCAAGAAAGUAAAAGCACUAAGGAAGCUCGAGUCGACAGAGAUACGAACAGACUCGAAAUCGUUUCCUCAGCAGUUCGCCGCAGGACAACGGACGACCCUCGGCCAUACGCAACAUUCGCUUUUCCACGUUCAUGACGUUGUUGAAACGUCGUAUCAUUUCGCUUGCAAGCAGCUGGAGUUGCAUUUGAGUGAUGACGCUGGCCCGGGGCGCUCGUCUCAUCCGGAGCUGAAGAACGGGGGAGCAAUGGUGGUCAACUUGGGACGCCUUUAUUUCGACUACUAUCCGUAUCACCCUGUUGGUAGUUGGGAAGGACCUGGAGCUCGUAAGCAUUGGGUGAACUAUCCGUCCGGCACUACACCAGCCAUCUGGGAAGCCAAGGAUUUAACUGCGUUUAAGGCUGAUCUAAGCGCAAUUUUGCGCGGAUCCAGACCUUCCCAUGCUCCUUUGCAAAGGACGCAAGCUGUGGAAGAUUCAGUGGAAUUUGCUUCUCGACAGUCUCAACCUCAGCCGAGGCUCAAUCAGGAAUCCGGGUCAAGUUGGAGUACUGGUCGUCCACCUGCUUUGCCUCAGCUGAAGAAGCUUAUGUCGGCGUGCUUGAUUUUCCGCUUGUCGGAAUUCCGUGUGCAUCAGGUCACAACGCGCGAGAAGAAGCAUUUGCGGGAAUUCCUCAACGGUGACCAGGAAAUGGCUCCGUUGCCGGAUAAUUCUUACCGGGUUCAUCUGGAAUUUAUUCAGUAUUAUUACCCAGGCAAUAUGGACUUUCCUCUUCCUCCGAUGAAGUUAUAUGUACACUGCAAUCCGAUUGCUGUGAAGUUUGAUGAGCUGACGAUAUGCUGGGCAAAUGCGGUCAUCGGAAACCUGGUUUCCGAAUGGGAGCAAAGAGAGAAAGUUAAUGAGGGAUCAGCGGAAGAUUUAGAGCCGGAUCUGGCGAGAAAUCCGCCGCUUGACGUUAAGAUCGAGAUGAUUAUGCCAAAGGUUGUUCUUGAAGGACAAGAAUGCCCUGGGCAACCGGACCGUCCCACGUGUCUGCAGUUCAUGUGUACUCGCUUGCUGUGUUCAAAUUACCGUCAACAAGGUUGCGGUUCCCGUGCGGACUUGGCCAAGUGCUUAGAAGGCAUCCAAAACGGUUCCUUGUUUUUCGGGUCCGCUUUUCCCUCUACCAAGGAUGAUCCUCUCCUUGUUCACCCCAAGUUCUUGCAGCAUGCUACUGGCAACGACCAUUUGAGCGCUGUUCCGGUUCCAGCAAGUGAAGAGAGCAGCCGCAAAUCGAGCACGGGUGAAGCCAGUAGGGAUCUUAUGUGGUAUGAAGCCAAGGAUGUGUGGUUUUGCCAAUGCGAUCCUGUUUGGGGCGAAUUCUUUGGUGCCAAAGCAAUGGACCAUCGUCCUGUUCCUCUUCUGGAUACGAUUCCGUUGGAAUUAUGGGGUUACAUGAACGUUAAGGCUAACCUCUCGGAAUGCUACGCAAUCGUCGACGUACCUAAUCUUAUAACAGUGCAACUGAAUCAUUAUCAGAAUCUUUUUCUUCUGCGAUUGUUUGACCGGUUGACAAAAAUGUCUGAUGUGUUGGCUGCGGAUGCAUCGCGUGUAGAGAAACGGGGGUUCAAGCGAAGGAUGUGUUUCGGAGGCAUGUUCCCGCAAGUGGACAUAUCUCUACUCAUGCCUUCACAGACUGCUGACAAGCUGCCGUCGUUAUCAAGUCCUGGUGAAUCUUCCAUCAUUGCAGAAACAUCCAGCAUGACAGAUCUCGCGGGUAUUGUCAUGGGAUGCGAACGACGGUUGCAACACCAUGCUAAUGAUCGUCAAGGAACCUUGGAUAGUUUGGAUUCUGUUGCAGCGUUUUACCCCAAACUGGAAAAUGGUCCUCUUUUGAAGCAAGACCAAGACAAAGAAUCAUCCGCGCGAAAAGAAUCGCUGAAGCACCAGAGAAGUAAUAGCACCGUCGGCAAUGCUUCUCCACAGUCCCUCGCGGGACUCUUGCCUGAAUCGAAGUCGCAGUCUUUUCUUUCCGGGGCUUUCAGCAAUCUUAAAAUGCCCGAUAACCUGAACAGCAUGAAGAAAGGAAUGUCUACUUUGUUGACCAAUAUGGCCUUAACUUCGCCUAGUCUUAGUCCAUUGCAUAGUGCCAGUCAAUUUUCCGACGCACCGAGUUUUCACAUGGAUCGAUUAGUUAUUGAAGAAGAUGCCAUGUCCACGAUCAGUUCAGAAAGCGAGACGUUCGUUCAUCUCUCCUCGUCGGAUCUGGGAGCUGCUUUUUAUCAAUCUGUGGAUCAGUGUUUGUUGUCGUUUCCGUCUGCCAAAGCCAGCGCCGCUGACCGAGCUGACGAGGUAGAGAUAGCUACCGAUGUUUUGGAUGAUGCCAGCUUUGCCAACCCUUCCACGCCUAGUGAUGAACUUCCUUCCAGUCUCACUCGGCGGAAAGAUGUGAUAUCUGUUCUGACAAUCCGAGUUGGUCAAGUCCAGUUUGUCCAACACAUCGAAGAUUCUGAGUCUGUGAUGAAACUUGAGUGCUGUCAUUUGGCCUUUGAAGACUGCCCUGCCAUAGCAUGGGAUGAAUUCCAAAACAAAUUUUCAUCCGGGAAAAAUUCGUGGAGCGAUACGUCUGCUGAUGCGGAGCACCGUUGUUCCGUUCGAAUGCGAUAUUCCAUGAAGCCAGUGGAAAGAGAACCGUGUCACGCCUUCACCCAAGACGUGCUGUCCGUUUCUCCAGAAGCCAAUCGUUUGCUUCGGGGUCGAUUGGAUCGUUUUUGCAAGGAACAGAUGCGUCACGUAACGGGAGACGACUCCAUGGAUGACAGCGAAAAAUGGCAACGUCGUUUGUGUUUGCUGCUUUGUGAAGACAUGCGAUCUCACGGUGGACCCGUGCUGGAAAUGGAGUUGAAAGAUAUCAGGUUGCACUUGUUGAUGAGCAUUGCGAUGGGGUUGACGGCUCUGUUCGAAGAAGAGGAAAUUGUCCCUCCGUUACCGAUGAAGGUGAUAGUGUGUGCUCGACAUGAGCGUGUGUCGGUUCGUAUGAGUGCUGUAGUUAUUUCAGCUGGGUUGGCGCUAUGGUGGAAAGAGCCCGCGGACUUCCGAAAUUUGAAGGAAAUCAAACGCGCCGCUCGUUCACUGGUUGCCAAGAACUCACGAUUUUUAAAAGACGAGCCAAGCGACAUUUGGGAUAAGAGCUUAUCAGAACGGAUGCCAUGUGAAUACCUUGUGUCUCAUCGCCGAGUGCGUCAGAAGCAAGUGGAACCAGAUUCAAUGGUCUCCAUGCGGGAUAUGAGUGAAGGCGAUACGGGUCUCGCUGGCAUUUCGCAAAUUGCGUCUUUCUACCGCAAUCGCUCCGUACUCAUCACCGGUGCUACUGGCUUUAUGGGUAAAGUUCUGGUGGAAAAGCUGCUUCGAUCGUGCCCCGAUAUUGGCAAAAUUUACUUGCUAAUGCGACCGAAGCGAGGUCAAGAGCCGUAUGACAGGGUGAAGGAAUUGCUUAGUGCGAAGUUGUUCGAGAAACUACAAGCAGAAAACCCGAGGAGUUUCGAUAAAUUGAUCGCGGUGAAAGCUGAUGUCAUGGAGCCUGGUUUGGGUCUGUCUCAAGAGGAUGAAACAGAGCUCGUACAGAAUGUUUCUGUCGUCUUUCAUGCUGCUGCCACGGUGAAAUUUGACGAAGCUCUCAAGGUUUCGAUCAACAUGAAUGUCCAGGGAACCAAACGCAUCAUCGAUUUGUGCCAUAAAAUGGAUCGUCUCGCUGCUCUUGUGCAUGUAUCAACUGCCUACUGCAACUGCGAUCGCGAGGAAAUUUCCGAGAUUGUUUAUCCUCCUCCGCAUGAUCCCGAGCAAAUAAUUGGAGCUAUGACUUGGAUGGACGACGAAAUGGUUCAAGAAAUCACAGCUCGAUUAAUUGGUAAUCGUCCGAAUACGUACACGUACACCAAAGCAUUGGCCGAAGCUGUGUUGGUUAGGGAAGCCGCAGACUUGCCGGUAGCAAUUGUGAGGCCUUCCAUUGUGGCAGCUGCCUGGAAAGAGCCGAUUCCUGGUUGGAUAGAUAAUUUUAAUGGAGCCACAGGUCUUUUUGUUGGGGUUGGAAAGGGUCUCGUGAGGUCGAUUCUUUGCCAUCGUGAAAAGAAAGCUGACUUGAUUCCUGUUGACAUUCCUAUUAAUUUGAUGAUUGCCGUUGGAUGGUACACUGCGCUCAAAAGUCCAAACCGGAUGCUGGUGUACAAUUGCACUUCAGGUCAGAUAAACCCCAUCAGAUGGGGAGAAAUCGAAGCCUGGGGUCACGACGCGACCCAGCGCAACCCAUUCAACGACGUGAUGUGGUACCCGAGUGGGUCCUUCCGGAAGUCGCGAAUCGCCCAUUUCAUCGCUUGUACUCUCUUGCACUCCUUGCCGGCUUAUUUGAUGGACGUUGUGUCGCGGAUCUCCCGGCAAAAGCCAGUCAUGGUUCGGCUGUGUACCAAGUUCUCGAGAGCGCUCAAGACGCUCGAAUACUUUUCUUGUGGAGAAUGGGAUUUCCGGACUGAAAAUGUGCCCAUGUUAUUGGGCGAGCUGAGCUCCGUGGACAGGAAACUUUUUGAUUUCGAUUUGAGGCCCUUACAGUGGAGUUCUUACAUCACUUUAUACUUUCUGGGAGCAAGAGCGUAUGCUCUCAAAGAAAAUCCAGCGGAUAUGCCCAAAGCCAAGAGACGGAUGACGAGGUAAUUUCAAAUCUUGCUGACGCUUCGUCACGCGAAUCAAAAGCGAAUUCUUCAUUCCACAGGUUGAAUCAAGAAAAAAUACCGGUAGAUCUAUUUUUGAACGGUGAACAAAGUACCUUAUUUCAAACAAGUAGAGACAAAUCACCUUCCAGUCAACUCUUAAUUUUCACUUAAGCCUCAUAAGUACUUGAGAUAAAUACAGUAACAGAAUGAAUCUAAGUGUUGUAUGCUUUCUCACCGUGUUAAAAACUGAUCUUCGUGAAUAUAACGUACCUGCUGUUCAUCCAUAGCUCGCAAUUUUUGCACAACACAUGUGAUGGGAUGAAGAUAGAAUUUUGUCUCAAUAUCAAAAUGGAACUUGAUGAAUUUAUUCGGUGCUCAGCUAUUAUCCAAGAGUGACGAAGUUCAGUUUUCUCUUUUGAUGCUUUCUAUUCGUUUUAUAUUGUAGAUAAGUUAUACUGAUUUGUUGAAAGCAAAUAUCUGUCUUCUCAAUGAACCCAAAAAAGCGUUCCUUCUUAGCAUUUGCAUACAAUAUUUGUAGCAAUUUUUAUCGUAAUUGUUGUACGUGAUAUUUGUUUACUCAUGUAACUCGAACCUUGAUGCAUGCUUCUCUUUUCAGGAUGUACUGGAUCCACGUUAUGUCUCACGCAAUAGGAAUUUUUGCUGUGCUGCGAAUUUUCGUGGGGAAAUCGGAAAAAAUGAGGCACUUAUGGUACUACUUCAUUUCUCACUUGAUGCUGCUUAGAAAUAUGUUGUCGAAGGCAUUGACGAGUGCGUGAGGGCACGCCAGCAUUUGGCUUCUCUGUCUUCCAACCUCGUCUCGCCGCACAUUUGUGUGUGUCUGUCUCCGCCAUUCCUGUUCAGCGGUCACCAUUUUGAUUGUUCAGCCGUAUACGUAUUUAUUUAAUGCGGUGCGUUGCCUUUCGUCCAGUUGGGUUGAAAGAGGAAUGCAUCGAACAUUCGUAGGCGGCGGCAUAUUGCCAGGUUUAUCAUUAAUUGAAUGAGAAUUUUGCUGGUCUAAAAUCUCACCGAAUUUGUGCGCGGGUUCUGCGUAUUAGGACUUAUCGGCACAUGGAAUUUAUUGUGAAAGUCCUUGCAGGGAAAAGUUCAAAUUCUAACCUCGGAAAUAUUGACGGCGCUGAGUAACUCAUUGACGUACGGCUCGACGGCCUUUUUGUCGGGUAACUAGGAGAGGGGAGGGGGAAAACCCUGUUUUCUGUUUUGUUAUUUUAGGACCAUGUGAUUGGUUGUUGUUCAGCCGAAGUAAUUCUUCCAUGGUAUGUUUGCAAUUUCGUCUAAACGCGUGUUUUUGGGGAAGAAGUGAGAGAUCACUUCCAAGUCAUGAAUCAUAGGUGACCUUUGAACUGUAGGAAUCCGUUGGGAAACGUCUUCAGGAAGUGAUGAGGCUUUUCUUGUUUGAUAUUUUCCCCGCCGUUGUUGACCCUUGAUCAUCCCUGUGAUAUCUUAUAGUUGUACUGCUCACCAUUGAGAAUUUUAUCUGUAGGUCACGUCUCCGAGUUUGGUCUCCAGGGAGCGAUUUCGUGUGCUCUUGUGGAAAUGCUCCAUCGAUUGUCUGAUAAGCGUAUUUGAUUUGUUUCUUAUUGAAACGCGUCCUAGCUCCAUCCAGUGCUAAGUUUCUGCAGUAAAAAGUUGGAAAUACUA